AUCUGGAACUGUGUACUGUUUUUGCUGCUACAAACAAGGGUCUAAAAUCUAUUCGUAAUUAUGAGAAGUAUUAAUUUAUAAUGCACUAUAUGCAAGGAGAGUUUUAUUUGCCGAACACCAACAAGCUUAUUUACAUUUGCUCAAUUCUAAAGACGACUGCAUAAGCACGGAAUAAGCUUUCAUAACAAUAUAUAACAUUUCUGUUUUCAUUUUCUGUCAGCCAAGACGAAAGUGUGUCAAGCCUCGCUUUCGUUAUCAAUGGAUGACUUCAUAUAAGAAGAGAUCAUGUGCAGUUUUUCAGGAAAUAAUUGUUUUGUUUGGAAUUCCACCUGAUAAUUGUUCUCAUUAUAACGGAACUGAUUUAUUUCAGCGAUUUUGACAAUCGAGUCAAACAUUGCCUUAUUACAAACACAUCAUUUACAGAACGAUCAAAAGAGAGAAAAACCAGUUCCUCUGAUCAUCAUCUUGAUGAUGAAGACAAAACUGUGAAGAUGAAAAGUUAGAGUUGAUGAUAAUGACAAAUCACUUAUAUCAUUUGAUUGUUGAAAUCUGUUGAUUCCUGUAUGUCAGAGAAAGCAUAGCAAUGUCACUAGCAUGAAUUAAUGUUUUGUCAAGAAUUUUGUGAAUUUUUAGCAUAGAAAAACUGCAAUUUUUACUAUUUUGAAAAAAAAAACAGCAACAAAAUCCUUGGGAAUUUCCUGACUAUUUAGUUCCCCAAGCUACACAAGGAGGACAAAUGUCAUAUUUGCGAAGUUUCUUGUGACAUGAAUUAAUAGACCGGCUCAGCCUAUUGCACCAUAUACUUAUCUAUAAGUAACAUUGACAAGAGACUAAAAUGGUUCUUUUUACUCUGGUUGCAUGGAUUGAGAAACACAAACUGUUAAUGUGUAGAUGUACACUCUCUCAAAGUUUUGGGAUAAAGUAUGUCGCGUAGACCAAAACAAGGGAACUCUUCAGCUGCAGCAAGAAUGGCAAAUCAUGAUUUAAUGGAAAAUCCUCCAUAUUUAGGAGCAGGGGGUGCUACAAAUGUUGAAUCAGAUGACUUUUUGGCGGGAAACAUGCUAGAGACUUGUAUUGAUGACAAUGUUUCAUUAAGUGAUCCAAAAGAGGGAAGCAAGCAUGAAAAGAAAGGUAGUACUGCAAUGAUUGCAGAUCAGAGGAAAGGGGUGGUAAUCCAGGACAAGGGGGAACAACACAAGCCCCGCAAACCCAAACAACGCCAACACAAACCGGAACUGGAUGUGGCUAAAGAAUUCAAAAAGUGCAAAGAAGAGGAAGCAACUCGUUUGGAUCUUAGCAAAUCCCAGAUUACUGUGAUACCAAAUACAGUUAAAGACUUGUCACAGUUACAAGAAUUUUACCUGUAUGGGAAUAAGCUGGCCACAUUGCCCCCGGAGAUUGGAGCUUUGACAAACUUGACGAAGCUGGGACUAAGUGAAAACUCCUUAACGACCCUUCCAGAAUCUCUUCAAUGUCUCAAGCAUCUCCGCGUGCUAGACUUACGACACAACAGACUCAAUGAGAUUCCAGAAGUGGUGUAUAAUCUUAGAUCCUUAACAACACUUUUCCUUCGAUUUAAUCGAAUCAAGCAUGUGGAAGAAGCUAUUAGAAAUUUAACAAAACUUACCAUAUUUAGCUUGCGAGAAAAUAAGAUAUCUAAACUGCCACAAGGUAUCGGCCAGCUGGUGAAUUUGCUCACGUUCGACAUUUCCCACAAUCAUCUGGAGCACUUACCUGAAGAGAUUGGAAACUGUGUGAUGCUUAAUUCCUUAGAUCUACAGCACAAUGAACUCUUAGACAUACCAGAAUCUAUUGGCAAUCUCAAGUCACUCUCCAGACUGGGGCUGAGGUAUAACAGGUUAACAAGCAUCCCAAAGAGCCUGGCUAACUGUGUCAUCAUGGAGGAGUUCAACGUGGAGGGAAAUAAUAUUGGACAACUUCCCGAGGGACUCUUAUCGAGUUUGACUGGCCUACGCUACAUUACACUGUCCAGAAAUGCAUUUCAGUCGUACCCAAGUGGAGGCCCAGCACAAUUCUGUUCUGUUUAUAAUCUCAACAUGGAACACAAUCAGAUCAAUAAAAUUCCACUGGGGAUCUUCUCCCGAGCUUCGAGUCUGACAAAGCUUAACAUGAAAGAUAAUCAGCUGACAUUCUUGCCAUUAGAUAUUGGUAGCUGGUCCAAUAUGACAGAAUUAAACUUGGGAACAAAUCAGCUGACUAGAGUUCCAGAAGAUAUACAAAAUUUAGAAAAAUUAGAGGUCCUUAUUCUUAGUAAUAACUUAUUAAAGCGUCUACCAUCCAGCAUUGGUAAUCUAAAGAAACUUCGAGUUCUUGAUUUGGAAGAAAACAAACUAGAAUCACUACCUCAAGAAAUAGGACAGUUACAGGAGCUGACACGACUUGUUGUCCAGUCUAAUCAGCUGACCAGUCUGCCUCGUGCCAUCGGAUGCCUGUCCAAACUAGAAUACCUUGGUGCUGGGGAAAAUAACUUGACAUCUCUUCCUGCUGAAAUAGGGACGUUGGAGAAUCUGGAAUCUCUGUACAUCAACGACAAUCAGGAGCUCCACAGCCUUCCCUAUGAACUGGUUCUCUGCAGCAACUUACAGAUCAUGAGCAUAGAAAACUGCCCUCUUAGUCAGAUUCCACCAGAAAUUGUCGCCAAAGGACCCUCUCUUGUUAUCCAGUAUUUACGAAUUCAAAGUCCAUUUUGUCCAAUAUGACGACCGAGACAUGUCCCUUGUUUUGUCAUCAUUCAGUAAUAAACAGGAGGUGUCGGCUUCAUCUUCAUGGGGACGGAAGUGGGAGAUUGGUCGUUUUAGUCACGUGUUGACGAUGGAAAUCCAGCUGACAAUCACGACGGAUGUCAAUUCUUUUGAGAUGUUUCCGCUUAAUGACCGAAGUGUUAAAAAGACAAAUAUGUCAGUGGAGAUGUACAGGAAAAAUUCAAUUGACUGGUUUUUGUUCUUGCUUUUGAUUCAUAUGAGAAUGCUUCCAAGUCAUUCUGGCAUACCCAGUAUAGAAGUAAUCAAAUCAUUUUUGCCUGAUUCCAUGUCAAUACAAGAGCAAUUCAGCAUUUCCUUACAAUUUUAUGUCAUUUUGUUUGUUUAGGCAUAAUAAAUUUUUGUACACAUUGAAUGCCAUUGGACAUAUAUAUAUAUAUAUCUAUAUAUUAAUUUUUGUCACUACAGAAUGUUUUUUAGUGUGUGUUCUAGAAUCAUGUUCAUAUUACUGUGAUAAAUUAAGCUAUGUUAAAGGAGAACAUUACAAGUUUAUAUUCUUGUCUGUAGCUUGUGUCACUGAAUACAUUGUAUUUGAAUAUUUUACAGAUUUAGUCAUUCAAAGUUUAUGUUCUUUAGACAAGAUCAUGAAGAAUGUCAUACAUAGCAGUAACUUCUUCCUAUUUUAAGACAUGUACCCCCCACAACAAAGUUGUAUUUUGGGUAUUCUGGAAUCACCAGGGCUCUUAGUUCAUGACCAUCAAUCUGUCUGUAUUUUUUCCCCAGCUUAUCUUUAAACCAAACUUGCACAUAUAGUGUAUUAUCUAGAGUGGCUUCAGAAUUUGACCUAACAUCUAUGUUUCAGUGAUUCUGAUUAAACUAAAUGAUUGAUAAAUAAUUUGAAAAUUUCAGAUAUACACAUUUAUUCCGGGACUGGAUUAUUUGCACCCAAAACUUGUCAAAGAAGAUUUAAGUUGUUUGCAAAUGGCAGUCCAAAAAAGAAAAUGUUGUAGGAAUAUCUGUAUUUUCCCAGAAGCCUUAACAAAGAAGCUUAUUUUGGUUGUCAGUCAUGUUUGAUUGGGAUGUGAAUUGUACCUUUAAUUUUAUUUACAUUUAAUGCUUGAUUGAUUAAAAAAUAUCCUUGAGAUCUGUCGUUUUCAUCCUGAGGUUGCAGCAAUACCAACUAUUUUCUAAAAUGUUGAAAAUGUAACAAAAAUUGUGUAGUUCAUGUAUGAUAGAUUGUUGUUGAAGGCUUUUGGAAAUUAACUCAUUUAAGUAUCUUUUAAACCUGAUCUUCUUGAUGUGCUCCUGAUGCAUUACAAUAAUAAUAAU